AUGCUCGCUCCAUCGUUAGAAGCGGCCGCACGCCCGCCCCGCUCGACGCCCGCCGACGCCGCGGGGACCGAGACAGCGACCCAGCACAUCUACGUCCUUAAACUGGAGGAUGAUUGUUUUUACGUCGGGAAAACCACCGACGUGCGAGGACGCUUGGAGAAGCACCGCCGAGGGUGCAACACCUGGGCGUGGACGGCGAAGCAUAAGCCCAUCCCCGGCGACGACGCGAUCUAUUUCGUAGAAACGAUGACAGAGCCGACGGCCGAGGACGCGAUCACGGAGCGGAUGAUGUGCGAGUACGGCAUCGAUAAGGUCCGAGGUGGGACGUUCAGCAAACCAAACCUCCCCGAGCAUCAAGCGAAGACGUUGAAGGAUAAGUGGUGCACGUGGACGGAUUCGUGUUUCGUGUGCAGGGAGGCAGGGCAUAAGAGCAUCAAUUGCAGGCGGAGGAAAGAGAUGGUGCGGAGAGACCUAGAGGAAGCCCGAGAACGCGAAGAGCAUGCGAGAGCAGAGGACGAGUUGCUUUUUUCCUUUGACAAUUUGUCUGUUAGUCAUACGAGUCACCCGAAGAAUAGUGGGAAAAAAUGGACGGAAGAAGAGAAGGAGCAGCUCGCGCGGGAGAAGAGAGAGGGGAAGACCAACGAGGAGAUCGCAGGGAUUCACGAACGAUCGGUGAAUGCUAUAUAUAUGCAGUGGAAUAAGCAGAAGCCUAGGGACUCGUUAUGAAAUACAUUUAGACUGGUGAGCGCCAAAAAUAAAA